UAUUUGACAUGCAUUUGAUUGCGUCAGUCCGUGUUCGUUUCGUGUUUAGUGAGAUUUACUUUGGUUACACGAAGAGAAAAAUUAUCAGCUGAUUUUGAGAAGUUAAAGUUUACUUUUAUCACAAUAGAACAAUUACUAUUUCUUAAAAGUAUUUUCAAGAUAACAAGCCUGACUCAAAAUGGCUACUUUGAAAAACGACUUGGACGAGUAUUUACUACAGAACGACAAAAGUAGAAGUUACAAAAUAAGUUUGCCUUCUUUUUCGAAGCCCAGUUUUUUCACAAAAAGCAGUGAUGCUACUCCCAGCAGUACAAGUAGCAGUUGGUUUGAUGAAGUCCAAAAGGAUUACUGCACUUUAAGUCGUACACAAAGAUUCAUAGGAUUUGGAAUCUGCCUGUUCAUGGGAAUACUUUGUUUUUUCCUAUCAUUUAUGCUGCUGCCAGUACUUCUGGUAUACGCUAGGAAGUUCUCGUUGCUUUUUACAUUGGGCAGUUUGUUUUUCUUGCUCAGUUUCAGUUUCCUCUACGGGCCAUGGAACCAUGUUAAAUCGCUGUUUUCAAAGGAGCGAGCCCUCGCCACAGUUAUGUACGGGACCACGUUAAUUGGAACUCUGUAUUGUGCACUGCACCUGGGCAGCACGCUGUUGACUGUGCUCUGUGCAAUCGCACAAGUCGUCUCACUCAUAUGGAUGAUGAUGGGCUCCGUGCCAGGAGGAUCUUCAGGAGUGCGGUUCUUUGGCAGCAUGUUUAAAUCAUCUGUAUCAAACACACUGCCAAUAUAACAAUUGUUACUUUUAUAUACUAGUGAUACUAGGAUAUGGACCUCUUUAUAAGUUUUCUAUUGUCUAAUGUGAUUUAUUGCAUAAAUCUUGAACUGAUUCUUAGAUAUUGUGAAUUUAUAUAUUGAUUUAUUAAAUUAUCAUAAAGGUUGAAUAAAAUUUAUAUCUGUAGUGACAGAAAUUCUGUACAAGCACAAUAUUUUAAAAAUAUCUUGUAUAAUGUUUUUGUGAACAUGCACAGCUCCAGUUAGCUACAUUCCUAAAUACAGCUCAUGUUAUGUUUGCGUUUUUGUUGUUGACUUUAAAUAAAACAACGAUGAUAUCUUGCCAAUCCAUAUAAUUUCUAUUUCUUUGGAAAAAGGGAUUAUAUAUUUAUGUAAUAAGUAUAAAUUAUUUCCAAAACCAUAAUAUUUUUACACGGAACUCUAUUUGUUUUUCCUUGUUUGUAAUAGUUCCAAAUUAAUAUUUGUUAACAUCAGGAUUUACUAAAUCUACGGAAAACAUAAGCAUCACAUUUUUUAUAACAUAGGUACCUUUUAUCUAAAUUUACUACUAUUAAUGGACUUAAUCAUAAUCUGAAAGCAAAAUUACUAUAUUUUAAUAAAUGCAUUUAUAUUUUUACCUGUACUAACAAUCCUAAUUUUAGCCGAUGGUCCAGUUUGUAAUAUAUAUAUAGAUAGAUAGAUACACAUUUGAUUAUCGCAUUAAUAACCCAUCACUUCAAUCAAAAUAUGAAAAUAUUGAUUUUGUCAGGGUAAGUAGGUAUUAUUUAAGAUAUUUAUUAAAUACUAUUAGAUUUUAUAAUAUGAUAUCAGUUCUUGUGGUCUUUUUUUUACUUUUCGCUCAAACUAUUGUUUGUCAUAUGUAAAUUUUUGGUUUGUUAUUUUUAAAAUUAAGAACUUCUUAUUUAAGAACUCAAAGCAAUAGAUAAAUAUUAUGAAACGUGGCAGAAUAUUUUUUAUGGCAAGUGCUUGCCAUGACCUGUAAAGUGUGAACAGAUUCAAUAUAAAAAAGACAGGUUUGUACAUUUUUAAA